UGAAUCACUUCUAGAAGAGAAUCAACUUACACUGAAACAAAAUGGGCGACGACGACCGAAGAAUAUUCAUCGGUGGUCUCCGGUUUACAAUUGACGAAUCAACGGUUGAGGAAUAUUUCCGACAGUGGGGACCUCUCUCUGAGGUUAAAAUUAUCCGAUAUCCUCCUCCCGACAGCAGAUCUAAGGGAUACGGUUUCGUUACGUUUGAGUCUAAGGCGGCCAGGGAUCACUGUGUGUCUGAAGGCAGCCAUCAGAUCGAUGGUAAAGUUAUCGAAAUCCGCCUCUCAGACGCUUCUAAGAAUAAACGGGCAACCGGCGGAAGCGGUGCCGAGUACCGACGAGACUAUGACGAUACGACCAUCGAUGUUGACCUCGAGGACGUCAAGUUUCGACGUCUUUUCGUCGGAAACGUCGACCAGAACUGGACAGAGAGUAUUAUCACCGAUUACUUCUGUAACAUUGGCCAAGUCCAGGAGUGCGCCAUAAAGAAGGGACCCGAGGGGAAACAUCUCGGAUUCGCCUUCAUGACAUUCGCCACCUCCGCCUGCGUAGACAAGAUCCAGCAGCUCCGCCCCCACACUAUCCAAGGGCGGAAGGUUGAGACGAAGAGGCAGGUUGCUAAGCAGAACGUUGGUAAACCUGAAGCUAAGCUGGAGGUCGACAGAAUCUGGGUCGGAGCUCCUGAGAGUGAGAAAGGUUCCAAGGGACAUAUCGGGCUCGGAGAUACACAUACAGACGAAGUUCUAGAGAGGUACUUCUCUAAGUUCGGGAAUGUAAUAAAAGUUCAGCAGUUGAUGUGGGAAGAUACAAAGAAGAAGAGAGGAUACGGGUUCAUUGUAUUCGACGACUUUGAUGCUGUUGACAAGGUUGUCCUGGCCCGGGUUCACCAUGUCGCCGGUUACAAGCUGGAGGUAAAGAAGGCUGUCAAGGACAAAGAUAGAGCUCUGGGAGGUGGUCGCAGGGACAUGAUGGGACAAGGAGCAAUGACUGGCUUCGGAUCUGGAGGAAAUAUGGCUCCAAUGGGAGCCAUGGGAGGAAUUGGAGCUAUGGGUGGUAUGGGAGCCAUGGGUGGAAUGGGAGCCAUGGGAGGAAUGGGAGGCAUGGGUGGAGUGGGAGCCAUGGGAGGAGGAUUUGGUGCGGAUGGAGCCAGGAAUGGUCGGAAGAGAGGGAUGGAGAGAGAACAGUUUCCAAAGAAGAAGUUUAGAUAUGAGAUCAGGGACGCAGAGUCGGAGAUUAUGCGGAGUAUCUUUGUUGGUAACCUCAACCCUGUGUCAGAGAAGGAAGACAUAGAGGAAUAUUUUGCCAAGUUUGGAGAUAUCGUCACGGUUGACAUGAAGAAACAGCCGAACUCCAACAGAAACCGAGGCUUUGCAUUCGUCGUGUUCAGCAAAUCCGAGGCUGUAGACAAAGUUAUGGCAGCAAGACCUCACAGACUUGGUGGUACUAACAUCGAUUGCAAGAGGAAGACUCCUAAAUCUGAAGGCUACGGGAUGGAGGAAAGGGUUAAGAAGAUCUGGAUUGGUAAACCUGAUCCUGAGUUCAAGAUUGUCAGCUACGGAUUGAAUGAAGCUACGACAGAUGAGGUUCUUGAGAACUUCUUCAACAAGUUCGGUAAAGUUGUUCAUAUCCAUCAGUUUAUCUGGAAGGAUACUAACAAGAAGCGUGGAUAUGGAUAUAUCACCUUUGAUGAUGAGGAUACCGUGGACAAGGUUGUUCUACUGGGAAUACAUAAUGUCGAGGGAGUCCAGCUACAGUGUAAGAAAGCUCUAUCCAAAGAGUUCCAGGAAUCAGAAGAGAGGAAGAGAAUGGCAAUGCAGCAGAAUAGUUCCGUCAACAUGAUGGGAAGCAUGGGAAUGGGAAAUACAGGGUUUGGAAUGAAUACAAACAUGUUCAAUGGAAGCGGAGCUAUGGGUGGAAAUAUGGGAGCUGGCAUGGGCACCGGUAUGGGAGGAAACAUGGGUGGUGGUAUGGGAGCUGGCAUGGGCGGUAACAUGGGUAAUAUGGGCGUUGGAAUGGGAGGCAACAUGGGCGUCGGAAUGGGAGGCAAUAUGGGCAAUGGAAUGGGUAACAAUAUGGGAGUUGGCAUGGGCGGUAAUAUGGGAGGACCUGGAGGAAACAUGAACGGUAUGAUGAACAGCAUGCAGGGCAUGAUCAACACUAUGCAGGGCCAAGGAGGAAGCUAUGGAGGAAUGGGUAACAACAUGCAGAGCAUGAUGAACCAGAUGGAUACCAUGAAGAACAACGGUAACUCUGGAAACAUGAAGGAGAUGAUAGGAAACAUGAACUCUAUGAUGGGUACCCUGGCCAAGGAGAAAGUGAAAAUUAAGGCGAAGGGGGAGAAGAAGGAUGACGAUACUCAGGAGAAGAUGAUGGGAAUGAUGAGCAACAUGAUGGCCAUGAUGAACAAUAUGGCAAGUAUGAUCCAGACAACUAAGGAACCGCCUCCACCCCAACCUAGCUCAGGGUACGGAGUUAACCAAGGAACAUCUCAACCUCCCCCAACACCAGGAUUUGAUGCCAGCAACUACGGCUACGGGUAUGCAAACUACCAAGCCGGAAAAUAAGUUUUCCUGUUUACUAACUGUUUUGAACCUAACUACCAUUGUUUGUAUAUUGUGUGAGAAAUAAAGAAACAAAUUUGAA